AUAAGUUUCGAAACCGGUAGAGGUGCUUGCUCCACUCUCUGAUUGAACUGGAAUAAUGAUGCGGCUGUAGUUUCGUGUUGCAACGAAAUUGAAAAUGGUUAUUCAUUUUUGAUUUAAAUUUAGGUCCUUGGCAACCUUCAAAAUAAUAUUUGGCAACAUUUAGCGCGCCUAUGAGUUUUAUUUUUACUACAUAUAUGACAUUUGACAAGUCCAAACACAAACCACAAAGCGUGAAAAAAAGCCUGGAAAAGCCACGAUAUAAAGACACAGAAAAGCCUUAUAAGAAGCCCUAUUCCAUCCAGGUAUUCCAGAAUUCUUUUGGCUUCUUUUUAACUAUUAAUAUAUUUCCUAAAUAUUAUACCAAUCAAAUGGAAGUAAAUCAAGAAGUUAUGGAGAAUACAUGUAAAUUAGAAAUAGAUAAUAAUGAAGUGGAUGAUAAUGAUGCUCUUCUGCUUACCUUUAAAACUGAAAUUAAAGAGGAACCGGAGAUAGAUACUACUAAUUCUGAUGAUUUCAACUGUAAUAAGAAACAUCCUGUAAAGACAGAAAUAGAAAGCCAUGAAGAUGCAGUUUGUCUCCUUCAAGUAAAAGAAGCACAUGAAAGUUUCAAAUGUGAAGAAAAUGAAAACAAUGAAUUAAAUUAUCUGAUAAAUAACCAAUUGAACCAAUGUACAACUGACGUUAGGAAAGUGACUAUUGUUGAAAAACCUUUUGCGUGUGAAAAGAAAAAUUUACGAAGACAUGUGACAGUUCACACUGAAGAAAAAUCAUUAAGAUGUGGAAUAUGCACAAAACAGUUUUCACAAAAUACUCACUUAAAAGUCCAUAUGAGAAGGCACACAGGUGAAAAACUAUUUGGAUGUGAAAUAUGCACAAAACAGUUUUCAAGAAGUGAACACUUAAAAGAUCAUAUGAUGAGAAGGCACACUGAAGAAAAACCAUUUGGAUGUGCAAUAUGCACAAAACAGUUUUCAAGUAGUGCUCACUUAAAAAAACAUAUGGUGAUGCAUAGUGAUCAGAAACCAUUUGGUUGUGAAAUAUGCACAAGACAGUUUUCACAAAGUGCUAACUUAAAAAAUCAUAUGAUGAGAAUUCACACUGGUGAAAAACCAUUUGGAUGUGAAAUAUGCACAAAACAGUUUGUAACACAUACUGAGGUAAAAAUGCAUAUGGCGGUGCACAGUGAAAAACCAUUUGAAUGUGAAAUAUGCACAAAACAGCUUGUAACGCAUGAUGAGUUAAAAAUGCAUAUGGCGAAUCAUACUGGUAAAAAAUUUAGUUGUGAAAUUUGCACCAAAGAGUUUUCGCGAAAAUCUGAUUUAAAAAGACAUUUGAGAGUGCAUACUGGUGAAAAACCAUUUGAAUGUGAAAUUUGCACCAAACAGUUUCCAGCGAAACAUAUUUUAAAAUGGCAUAUGAAUGUGCAUACUGGUGAAAAAUCAUAUGAGUGUAAAAUAUGCACAAAACAGUUUUUACAAAGUGUUUAUUUAAAAGGUCAUAUGAGGAGAAUUCACACCGAUGAAAAACCAUUUGAGUGUGAAAUUUGCAACGAAGAGUUUUCAGGAGGUUCUGAUUUACAAAAACAUUGGAAAAUUCACAGUGGGGAGAAUCCAUUUUCCAUACGUUUCCAUGAAUGUGAAAUUUGCAAGAAACAUUUGUCAUCGAAACAAGCUUUAAAAUGGCAUAUGAGUGUGCAUACUGGUGAAAAACCAUUUGCGUGUGAAAUAUGCACCAAACAGUUUUCGACGAAACAAGUUUUAAAAUUGCAUAUGACAGUACAUACUGGUGAAAAACCAUUUAGAUGUGAAAUAUGUACACAACAGUUUUCACAAAGUAUUUCAUUAAAAGUUCAUAUAAUGAGAAAGCACAACAAUGGUCAAAAACCGUUUGGAUGUGAAAUGUGCACAAAACAGUUUGUAACAAGUAAUGCGUUAAAAAUGCAUAUGACAGUACACACUGGUGAAAAAUCAUUUGUGUGUAAAAUAUGCACAAAACAGUUUUCACGAAGUGUUUAUUUAAAAGUGCAUAUGAGAAGAAUGCACGCUGGAGAAAAGCAAUUUUGAUGUGAAAUAUGCACAUAUUUAUAUGCAAAUUAUUAAUGAAACACGCUGUAAAUACAGCAGUUAUUUAUACCAAAACUUUCCUGACUUUUCGCAAGAGGCCACGUCAGCGUUUCGUUUUUCGAAAGUUCUGCGAGACUUUGGCAACAGUGCGUCUACAGUAUUUGACAUAGUUCAUUUUUAAAUAGGAGAAGUAAACUCGAAAGACAAUCACAAAUCGAUUACUAAUCGAUUAGUUAGCGAUUGCGUCUGCUGAAUGCACCCAAUUUACACCCAAUAAUGUCACUAGAAAAAUAACUAGAUUCAUCUUCUUUUUUGGAUGAUCAUUUCGGCCUUCGAUGGUAAUCCAUACAUAUUAUAUUUUACUCGAAAAGCGCUAAAGUGUUCCAAAACAACUGUUUUUUGUAUAUAAAUACAUACUAGAAAUUACAGAAAACACAAAAUAAUCGCCGAUAUAAUUUAAUUUUAACCCAUGAAUUUUAAAUGCCGUUAGUGUCAAAAUUUCGUAAAUGCCAAAAUUUCAUAAUUUAGCGGAAUAAGCUUGCCUGCGGUUGGACCAAUUAUUACAAACAAGCAUUAUAGUGGAGUCACUGAAGGUGGAUAUGAGCUAUUACCUCCGAUUUCGUUGAACCUCCAUCGAUUUGCAUGAAAAUUGGUGAGUGGUUAGAGGAUAUCUCAAGGAACAAAGGUGACAUGGUGCCAAUUUGCGCUUUUACCUGGGGGUGGAUGCCACCCCUUCUCGGGGGGUGAAAAUUAUUUUAUUAAAAAUAACCCCAUAAUUCGAUAGAGGGACAAAUUUCAAGCAAAAUUUGUUAUAUAAAGGUAUUAAAAUAAAUCAAAACUUUUUGAGCUAUUACCUAAAGAUCAAAGAUUUUAAUUUUUCUUGAGAAAAAUGCAUGUUUUUAACCAAUUUUUCAUCAAUAACUCAAAAAGUGUAAGUUUUUACAAAAAAGUUAUUAUUAUCAAAAUUGAAACUAAUGAAAAAUGAAAUAAACCCCUUAAUACAAAAACCUUUUAAUGUUAACUAAAAGUGAGUUGUAGGUAAUUGAAUGUAUAUUUUUUUCGACGAGUAAAAAACUUUAAUUAUUCAAGCUGAAAUAACGGGAAAUUGAUGCAUUUUAUAACAUAAACUUAUUAAACAUUUGUCAAAGAACUUAAAAAUACCUAUUAAAUGAGCCCCCGAACAUGUUGAUAGCGUUAAAAUUUAUGCUCCAAAAUUUUUUAAAAAUCUAUCUUUUAAAGAUUUUUCCAAAAAAUGUUAUAGUUUUUUUUUUAAUAACUCCGUUCGUAUUUACGAUAUCUGGUUCAUCUAAAAACUGUUUCAAACUUAAUUCCAAGUGCUAUUUAAGCACGUUGAACCUAAUCUUUCAAACCCCUUACUCUCUUAAAAAUAAAAUUUUAAAUGACCCCGGUUGCAUGGUUCCCACAGCAAAAUUUAAGAUUUAAACGCUUCUAUCUCGGUUAUUUUUUACCCUAUAGAAAUAGUAAUACAAGUAAAAUAUUUGGCACAGAAAAAACUAAAAUUUGGUUAUAUAUAAUUUUUUACGUAUAUUGAGUAUUUUUGGAGUUAUUAUCAAAAGAAUAUGAGAAUUACAAUAAUUUUUAAAAUUAUUAUUUUUUUAAAUUAUAUCUUUUUUUUCAAAAAUAUGCAUUCUAAACCAGUCAAAAUUAUCUAAAACAUUACUUAUGCUAAUAUAAAGAAGUUCUUGUAAGGAUUACUAUAAAUGUUGGUGUAUGUUUUAUUUUUCACUUUUUAUAAAAAAAAUCCGAAACGGUUCUUUUAUUUUCAUUAUAACUUGCUUAAUUUUGACGCUAUUACCUUGUUCUGAAGCUCAUUUGAUAGGUAUUCCGAAGUGUUUUGGCAAAUGUUUAGCACGAAUAUUUUAUACAUUGCAUCGUUUUCCAGUUAUUUAAACUUGAAUACUUAGAUUUGAGUACUCGUCGAAAAAAAUACACAUUCAAUUGCCAAUAACUCACUUUGAACUAACAUUAGUUUAGUUCUUUAUGUAAGGAAUGUAUUCAAUUUUUUAUUAUAUUCAAUUUCAGUAAUAAUAACUUUUUUGAAGUUUUACUUCUUUACGCGCGAUAUGAGGGUGAAUUUUUAUAUGUUAAAACCUACGAUCCCGGCGCAUGCGCAUUAUAACUUUGUUCUGAUUGGAUGUUCAAAUGACAUGUCAAAAAUUAUCCAAUAUGGCAGCUGUAGCGCAGCUGUGGUUUGGACGGUUGACGGUUUGGUUAUGUAUGGUUGUUGCGUUUUAAAAUUUGUGGGAAGAGAAACAACAAAGGUUAGUUAAUAGUUAUACUGCCUUUUUAAAUAGUUUUCAUAUUAUAUUUUUGAAGUUAUACUUCAAAAUGUUUUAAUUUAUGUAUGUAUCAGUCCAGAAAAGGUAUGGAAAAAAUAUAUUAGUGUUUUUAAAUAUAUUUUUCUACAAACGUGUUAAAAAUGCAAUUUUUAGGACUCCAUAGGAGCGUUAAAAAUGCUACUUUAAGGCACUAGUGCUUUAAAAAUUUUAAGGCACUGCAGUUAAAAGUGAAUUGUCAAAUUGUGAAACGUCAAAAUAUUUAUAUUUCAUUUAUUAACAUUAAUAUUAAUAAUACAACUUGCUCAAUUUGAAAAAGGUGGUUUAAAAGGUUUUUUAUUAUAAUUUUGUGUCUUUGGAUUUGUCUUCCUUGGGCGUAAAAUAAUAAAACAUCUAUUUUUAUAUUUCACUUGUCACCGUGAUGUAUAAUUAUGUAUAUCUGAAAGGUAACUGGCAUGGGGCUUGAUGGCCUUGUUGAUAGAGCGUUGGACCAGAGAUCUAAAAAUCGCGAGAUUGCGGGUUCAACUCCCGGACGAUUCAUAUCUUUUUCUUUUUGAAGAUAUUCUUUAGCGGCGAAUCGAUUGAGGGUAAAAUUUGAUUGAUCCGCGCGCAUGCGCACACCGACAUUAUGGUAUUAGUUGUUAUACGGGCUCUGAUUGGGUGUUGAAAUUUUGAAAUGAUCUGUCAAUAAUUGUUCAAUAUGGAGGUUAUCGGUAAACAAAAAUAUUGUAUAAUAUUAGUUUUUAUUGAUGUGUGGACAGAAAUAAAAUCAAAUUUAUAAUUAUAGUGACUUUUUAAAUAGUUUUGAAAAGCCGCAGGUACGUAAUUCUAAAUGUUUCAGUUGGAAAUACCGAAUAGUUUCAAUACCUAUCUAUUUGGAAAAUGUAAACAAAAUAAUGUAGUUACCUAUUAGUAGGCAAUGCCUUAAUUUACAUAAUCUGAUUACGAACAAACUUUCUACAAAUCUUUAUCUCAUAUAUCGUUUUCUUACUCUAUAUUUUGUUGUAUUUUAUUUCGACAAAAGUCAAACUAAUAAUUUUAUUAAAUUCAUAUAAAUUUAUGGUGUAAGUAAACGUUUAGUUUGGGUAUAUUCCCACAUGACGUAUACGAGAGUUUGAUGCAAUUUGAAAAGGCGUCAACUUUCGUACGGCGCGGUAGACGUGAAGUGGGUUCAAGCCCCAAGCAAGUUAUUAUUUUUUAUUUUUUUAUAGAUUUUAUGAUUGUAAGUAUAUUAUUAUAUAAUUUUUGAAGAUAUUCUUCUUUUUUGAAAGUGGUAGAUAAGAAAGUUAGUUUGAUUUUUAAAUAAAAUAAGUACAAAAAUAACCUUUUAAGUAUAUUUACUUCGUUUAAAUUACCUAUUAUAUAAUAGAAGAAUAUCUUCUUACGUGCGUACAAAGUACACACACAUUCUUUUUUUUUUAAUAUUUGGCAUUGUUAAAUUUUGGUUAAUUUUUGGUAAUUAUUGUUAAUUUUUUGUAUUGUAACUGUUAAGUAGGUAUAUUUAUUUCGUUGAAAUUAUAUUAUAAUAGAAGUAUAACUUCUUACGUGCGUACAAAGUACACACACAUUCUUUUUUGUAAAAGCUUAUAGUUUUUGAUUUAUACGUGAAAACCCGAUUUAAAACAUGCAUUUUUUUCGAAAAAAUAAAAUCUUUGGUCUUUAACCCGCCGUUACACGCGUCUUCUAUUGUGACGUGGUUGCACGCGUAUGAGCGUCGCCCUCACCUACAUAAAUUCGACUUAUUUCGAGGAAGAAUGAAUGUCAACAUGUAUAAAAAUAAAAUGGGUUGUACUCACAUAUUAUAGAAAGUAUCGUAAACCAAUUUUUUUUAUUAAUUUAACAACACAAAAGUAAAAAUAAUAUACAUAGAUCAAAAGCAAGUUUUCUUAAUUUUCAAUUUCAGCAAGCCACUGAAGAAAUUAACGUUCUUUACGCGAAUUCAUUUUACUAAAAAUACAAAUUAAAAUUAACAACUGUUCUGAAGCUAUUUUUUCGUGGUAUUUAUGUAAUUAACUAUUAAUAUUUUGUAUUUUGAUAACGACGUCCGAGGUGGAUUGCGAAACGUCAAUAAAAUCAAUUUUUCAAGUUAAAUUGUGGCUUAUUUCCCAAUUAGAAUAGGUAAAUUUAAAAAUGGGUUCUUAACCAGUGGCGCACUUAGAAUUUUCCUCUGGGGGGGAGGGGGGUUAGAUUGGGCACCGAAAGUUUUUUGUAUUAUUUGUGAUAGAAAAGUUACAUUUUCCUACUUUCUUUUAUAUGUGAUAGAAAAGUUACAUUUUCCUACUUUCUUUUAUAUAUAUAUUUCUAUAUGCUCUGGGUGGGAGUUUAACCCCCAAACCGCCCGCUCGGUGUGCCACUGUUCCUAACCUAAUCCAAACAAUAAUAUUUUAAUUAAACCUACCUAAAUAUUAAAUAAAAACCUAAAAGUUUCUUUAAGAUAACAGAAACGUGAUUUCACCGUGAUUGCACGCGCAGUGAGGAAUUCCCUCACUUGAAGAGGCAUGUCUCUUCUUUCAACUAUCACACAGCACACUGACCGCCUGAAAUAUUCUAUAACUUUUUCAUACCCUCUCAUGAACCAUGCUAAAGGCAUUCCUGGGUGCUUAAGGUUAUCGUAUUAGUUUACACAAUUUCAUUGGUUAUAAACAAAUAUGGUGAGGGAUUCCCUCAUAGCGCGUGUAAUGGCGGGUUAAUAACUCAAAAAGUGUUGAUUUAUUUUAAUAACUUUAUAUAACAAAUUUUGCUUAUAAUUUGUCCCUCUAUCGACUUAUGGUAUUAUUUUUAAUAAAAUAAUUUUCACCCCCGAGAAGGGGUGGGAUCCACCCCCAGGGUAAAAGCGCAAGUUGGCAUCAUGUCACAUUUGUUCCUUGAGGUAUUCUCUAAUUACUCACCAAUUUUCAUGAAAAUCGAUGGAGGUUCAACGAAAUCGGAGAUGAAAACCUUCAGUGACUGCACUAUUAAGUUAAGGCGCGGUAAAUUUGAAUUAGGUACUCCUCCUAUUUAAAAAAUGAACUAUAGCUCAAUAUUGUGACAAGAUACCUACUCAAUUUUAUUAUUAGUAAAUAAAAAAAUAAACGAAAAUAGGUGAAAAUUUUAUUAAAAGCCUGUAUUUUGAUUUUUGUAUUUAAAUUUAAAUUGUAAACUAUUGAUGAUAUUUCUAAAAUAAAAAAUCCUCCGAAAAUUUUA